CAGGCGAUUUUGAUAUGUGGCUAGGAGGAGCAAUACCCGGGUGAAUAUUUCUCUUAUUGGGUCAACCUCAAUUUUCUUUACUUUCUUGUUUACUUUGUAGUUUUCUUAGUAUUAAACUCUAAACCGUUGGCUAGAUAACAAUUUAAGCAAUUGAAGUAGGGAUACAUGGACCAACCCGGGUUGACAAUUAAAAUGCUUGCCUUAUACUGCACCCUUUUAGAGUUUAUAAUUGGGCUCUAGUCGGGAUUUUAAUUGUGGUAGUUGAAGUGAGUCAAUUGUAUUUUGUUGUUUCAAUAUAAUCGCCCAAAUUUCAACAUGGGAAUUUCUUCAUCAAUACAUGGUAAUCGUCACUAGCUUUUAGAGUUAAAUAGUCUACUAUAUAUUUUCACGCAUUUUUAAGUGGGGAUUUGGUUUAUACGACUAGCUAGCUCACUUGAGUUAUCUAAAUCCUUCUUAAUUCUCAUAUUUUAUUUUUGGAGUGGGGUUUGGAUUAUAUGAUUAGCUAGCUCACUUGAGUUAGCUUAGUCCUUCCGCCCUUUCGUCCAAAUUACACUGUACUUCUAUUUGUUUUUUGGAGUGGGGUUAGAUUUAUACGAUUAGUUAGCUCACUUGAGUUAACUAUAUCUUUCCGUCCUUCGUCCGUUUUAAUGAAGAACUAAAAACCUCGUUGUUUGGUAUAGUGGAACGCUCGAUAAAAUUAAAGAUCCCAACUCUUUUAAAAAUAAUUUAACUAACGAAUUUUUUACGGAUUAACACCUCUUGUGUUUGUUUAUUUUGUCUCUAAAUGGGAGGAGAGACCCUCCAUUUACAAAAUCAUUGGAAGACAGAGUCAUCGAGAAACAACACUCUGACUCCUUGAUCGCCAAACGCAACCAUUCAGGCAUGAGAAAUGUGGAUUAAUUUGAGAAAUCAAUUGAUCACUUUCAAUACUUAAUAAGACGUGAAAACUGAGAUUGUGAAUUGAAAAUUGAUAGAAUUCAAUGGUGCAAAAAAUGCAUGAAUUCAAUUUUGAUAAUUACGAUGGGAUGUAACUUCUUAAAAUUGUUUAGUUCGAAUGAAUUUAUUCAGGAUAAUUCGAAUAUCGAGGGGGAAACGAAUCCAAACAACUUUUUCAUACCAGUGUGUAAAUCAAUAAAUUCGUAGUAAUAGGGAAUACAACUCCAGCCAGUUUCACUUUCUGGAUUAUCUUUGCAUGCACGUUUACCGACAUCAGACACACAACGGUCUACAUUCUAAAAUUUCAGUAUUUUAAUUAAAAAAAGGUUACAACAUUAUUAAUGAUAACAGAGCUAUGACAAAUAUUUUGAUGUGAUAAAAAAAAUUGUCUAUUAAUUUAAUAUUUUUAAAAGAUUUGGUCAAUUAAUUAAUAUUUCAACCAUUAGGUUCUCAUGCUUGAUUUCCAAUAUUGUUUCAACACUGAUUGUACGCUGGUAUGCACCGCGUCCAACAUCAUGCAAGUCUCAUGAAAUCUGUCCUGAUGUAUUAAUACUGAUCUAGCGACCGACUAGCAUGCAACAGAAAAUGCAUGUACCUACCUACUAACUUAAAUAAUUGAUCAAUUGAAUGAACAGAUUCUAUAAUAUUACUAACUAUCAAGGUUAUUGAUUCGCAAUUUACCUGUGUUUGACACAGAUUUGGUGAGAAAAAUGUGCCCGUACGACCAUACACAAGCACGUCGACCUGCUGCAAGAUUAUCGGGUUGGAAGUCACACGGCGUCGUUUUUUUUCUUUAGUUUGCCAAAAGUGCCUCUUUUUCGGUUUUUUCUCUUCGCCUAAUACUAUGUUUAGAAUUCUAAGUUGAACAUUCUAAUAUUGAUGUUAUAUAUACGUGUGUGGUAUAUGUUGGAUUCAUGUACGACAUGUUAUUUUGGUGUAACGCGGUAUAAGUUAUUACUCAUUUGUUAGAAGAGAUUUGAUAUAAUUUAUAAAUGUAUGAAUAAUAAAAUAAUUUUUUCAUAUAUGUAUACUAAACCUGACUAAAGGGGUCGGAUAACUCUCAACCCACUUGCUCAACCGGGACAACGGGCUAAACCGGGUUGGCAACCUUGCUAGCUGCUAUGGUUACCAUUUAUUUGGAACUAGGAUGUUGAUCUAUUGGUGUAAACAUAAAGGUUGUACCGGUUUCAGCGGCAAACCCAUAAUUGUUGAAUAGGUGUGUUGCCAAAUUAAAAUAUGUUAAAAUUUAAAUUAACAUAAAAAUGUAUUCAUAAAGUACCAUUUCAAAAAAAAAUUUACAACAACCACGAAGAAUUUUCAUAUUCUAAUAAUUUUCUUAAUUGCAUUUCUCGUUCAUGUUGCAAAUCAAACUUUUAUUAUGUACUAGUGUACCACAAGUACACGAGUAAACAAUUAUUUUUAAGUUGGUCAAUCAACUGAUGAUUCUGAAUAUUAUUAUUGAUAAGUAUAUAUCUACAUAAUUUAAUAACUUUAUAUAUCCAAUUGAUUGUUUACUCUCGCGCAACUAACUAAUUAACUAUCUAAUAUGAAGUCUAAUAAGUAAUAACUCAUAUAUGUACAUACAAUAGGGUUUUUGCAAACAUAAUGAUUGAUUAAUUUGGUUUGGGUUAAUAACUUAAUAUCGCUCGUAUCAACAGUAUAAUUUAUAGCUGAAAAGUAAAACUGCACCCCCAUUCAAAAUUUCCUGCCCAUAGAGUGAUUUUAGGAAGCUGAUGUGGCAGAGUGUUAAGCAGGAAAAAAAAAAGGAGUCCCGCCUGAUUUCAGAACCACAAAACUGUCCACUACCCACUUUUUUCUCCUUCCAGGCCCACGUUCUCAUUUAAUUUGUAUUAAUUUGUAUUUUUUAUUUCCGAUUUCCCUUCCUUCCACUCUUUCACCUCAUUCGAAUAAGUUUCUUGGCCUUCAGAAAACCAAACCUUGACUCAAUCAUCUGGUUCUUUUAUGUGCUUGCAUCUACCUUUGAUUUCCGUUCUCUAAGCGUUAGAUCGGUAUUGGUUUUGCCGUAAGUUAUUCUUCCUCUUUCAGAUUUCUGUUUGUUGUUGUCGCUGCUUUUAAGUUUUAGGGAUUCGGGUUCUGGGUUCUUUUUCAGGGAUUCGGUUGCAAAGAUUCAUCUCCCUUACCUUUGGUUCAUUUCGUUUUCUUUAUUCUCUCUUACCUUCCUCGCUUCAUUCUGUUGAUUGGAUUCUCUAGAGAUCAAAAGGGGAUUUUUUAUUUUUCCUUUCUCUUGAAAGUAACAAAGCUUCUUACUUUAAAUUCCACUUCGCUUAGACUGUCUUCCAGAGAGCAGCCGACUGGCGAUUUUGAGCUGAGUUUUUCCGGGCCGCAGAGAAAGAAGAGGAAAGAAAGAGACGUUCGGCGGCGGCAGUCAGGUACUUCGUCCGGGCGUUUUCCGGGUCAGUAAACCGAAGGGCCGGCUAUAAACUACCGCUGGCCUGGCGGGGGAAAAGGAAAGCGUAAACCAUAAGGCCUCGGGGAUCCAUUUCUCUCGCCAGCCCAUACUUCAGAGGCCCAGCCUACUUGAGUCCAGAACCAGCCCAUCGCCGACAAAAUUUGGCGCGCCGUCCCCCACCCGCUACCACGUAUGAGACAUAAUCAAUUUACUUUCUGAUGUUAACUCUGUUGCAGGUAAAUGUCGAAAUCCAACUUGAUCAGUAAGGUUUUCUCUCAUAUGUUUCUAGGUUAAUUAAUCUAAUGGGACUGGCUAUGAUCUGAUAAUGUACUUUCAGCUCUAAUCACUAAAGAAGUAUAAAGUAGGCGGUAUUGAUAAGCAUGCUCCACUGGUUAGUGUAUUGGUUCUACCAGGCUUUUUCCCCCUUAUUACAUAAGAUCAUUGGACAGUUUUAUCUCACUCCAUUAGUUUGUUUUAUUGUUCUUCAACUUCAUUUGCAUUGUAUUUGUAUUGUGACAUUAGAGUUGGAAUCCAUUUGUGCUAAAAGUACAAAGCGUAAACUGCAUAAUUGAAAGAAGGGAUAAGCUUGGUAUAGUUAGAAGAACUAGAAUUGGUAAGCACUUAUAGUGCUUUUAUUAUUGCCAGCUUGCUUCUUUUUCAAACUUCUCUUUGGAUAUGGUUUUUAUGGAUGCCUUUGAAUUAUAUUUGUGUUGGCCAUUACAUUGUUGUCGUGGUCUUGAUAUAUAAUCUUUCUGUUGUCGCCUCAGAGAGUGCUGAUUAGCCAUUCUGUUAUAUGUGUUUUGUUCAUCAAUUUAAAUUAUGCCUUAUAUAGUUAUUGACUCGACUCUACUGUCACUCCAGGAAUUGGCCAAGUGAAACCACUUCCUAAAGCGUAGUAUAGCGGGUUUGGGUUUAAUUAUCAACCCGGGUCCUAGAUGUGAUGACUACUCAGUGAAUUCUUGUUAUCUAGCAAUGAAACUGGAAUGCAAGUCUAACUAACAAACUAACAAAGCAAGUAAACUGUUGUAUUCAGGUUAAAGAGGUCACCCGGAUAUGGUUCCCCCUAGACUGCAGUUAAGCCGGAUUGUAAUUACCAAGUUCAGUUUCUAUGAAGAUUAUACUGCGGAAGGUUCUUAAACAGCCUGAAGUCUCGACUAAAGGUCUUCAGACCCUCUCAAUCUGACUCUCUAGCGGGCGACUAACCUCCACCGGAGUCGACAGAUUGAGGCCCUAAGAACAAAACCUCCACUACCGGAGUAAAUCCGGUACAGAAUAGUGAGUUGGCUCCUCGACUAAAGUCACCAACUCCCUACCUUCAAUCAAGGAUACUCUAUUAACCUAGGCAGAUAUUCUCAUUCUAGGUUAAAGCAGAAACAACAGGAAUUUGAUCAGGAUUCAAGUCAUUCAAUCAUUAAAACCUCAAUCGAAUAUAAUCAAUCAUAGAAUCAGUACUUGGGUUCAUACAAUCAAAGCCUAACAUACAAAUCUAGGGUUCUCCAUACCCAGAUGAAUGGGAGAACUACUCCAUAGAGAAGAAAGCAAAAGAAGAAUCAGACACGGAAUUCAUACUGCGAAGGAUGGAUUCCUGCUUCUGGACGUUGAUCGGCACUUCUCCAAGCUCAAGCUGGCCUCCAAUGGUGUUGAAGAUCAAUCUAGGGCACUUGGGAACUCUUGCUCGUCACUUUCUCUCUCUAGGAACUGAUCUCUCUCUUAAAAACUCGAAUCCUCUUGAAUUGUGGCUGAAACUCUGCUUAAAAGCAUCAGUGGCCAAAGCACGGUCGAGGGCACGGCCGUGCUUUGCCUGAGCCUGCCCGUGUUUCGGCCAGUGUUUAAUUACACGGCCAGCAGUGGGAGGAAACACGGCCGUGCUUCGCGAUGUACACGGCCGUGCUUUGCCUGAACACGGCCGUGCUUUGGUGCCCGUGUUUGCAGCUGAAUCGACCAAACUGAAUUUGCUCUCGGCAUAAAAAGCACGGCCAGCAGUACACGGCCGUGUAAUGCCUUAGGCUGCCCGUGUUUUGGCUCCAGCUCACCGAAAUGACUUCUGAAUGCCCCGAAACUCGUGCUUAGCCUUCCCUUUGACACCUGGGACCUGAAAUAUGACAAAAUAGCACAACCCGGCGCAAAAUAGGCCAAAAGUACACGACUAUGCCCCUCAAACGGAUAAGAACUAGGGGCGCAAACAUGUGCAUUUACAUCGUUAUCAAAUUCCCCCACACUUAACCGUUUGCUUGUCCCCAAGCAAACCUAACUCAAACCAAUGCAACUCUCCAGACCUCUAUAGCAACAAACAACCCAGAUCGUAGGUAGAGGACUUCCUAGAUCAUUUAGCAACUUACGAGGUCAACCGACGCACAAGUCAUCUCAUAACUUCUUCGACGAGUCGGCAUCAUGGCAAAUAGUGAACAGAGGACAAAUGAAUUGUGGAUGAAGAG